CUUGAAAAGUCAAACUCAGGAUAAUAAUCUCUGCACAUUUUCUUCCACUUCCCCUCGUUCCGAAAACACGCCGUCGGUGUCGAAGACACAAAAUCAUGGCGACGGCGCUGAAACUUCCGAUCAUAGACCUGUCGUCGCCGGACCGCCUCUCCUCCGCCGCUUCGAUACGCCAGGCUUGUAUAGAGUAUGGCUUCUUUUACCUAGUGAAUCAUGGCGUCAAGGAAGAGUUGCUCGCCAAAGUGCUUGAGGAAAGCAAAAAGUUCUUCUCACUCCCCUUGGAAGAGAAAAUGAAAUUGGCUCGGAAGGAACAUAGAGGCUACACGCCAUUGUAUGCUGAGAUCCUUGACCCUUCCUCAAACUCCAAAGGUGACUCAAAAGAGAGUUACUACAUUGGCCCUCUAGAAGAUUGUUCGCAUCAAAAGAAUCUGAACCAAUGGCCUCCUGAAGAUACGAUGCCAUCUUGGAAAUCUACAAUGGAAUCCUACUACAGAGAAGUAGAGUCUGUGGGGAGAAAGCUUCUCUCUUUGAUUGCUCUGUCACUGAACCUGGAGAAUGACUUUUUCGAGAAAAUAGGGGCCUUAAACAAACCUAGCGCAUUCCUUCGUCUUCUACACUAUCCAGAUGAAGUAAUGAUUUCUAAAGAAGAAAUUUAUGGUGCAUCUGCCCAUUCUGAUUAUGGAAUGGUCACUCUACUGGCAACUGAUGGAGUUCCAGGACUGCAGGUCUGCAGGGAUAAAGAUAAGCACCAGCGAUGCUGGGAGGCUGUUCCUCAUAUAAAUGGGGCAUUCAUCGUAAAUAUUGGUGACAUGAUGGAGAGGUGGACUAAUUGUUUGUUCAGGUCAACACUUCACAGAGUGAUGCCAGCGGGACAAGAACGCUUUUCUAUGGCUUUUUUCUUUGAUCCAGAUGAAGAUUGUGUGGUAGAGUGCUUAAAAAGUUGCUGCAGCGACUCGUUUCCUCCAAGGUUUCCUCCAAUCCGGAGUGGAGAAUACUUGAGAGAACGGUUGCGGCUCACAUACGGGUCGUAGCUUAACGUCCUGUCCAAUCAAAUGGAGGUUUCCUA